GCAGGCAGGAAUCGGCUUCCCCUCGUCAUCUACGUCCAUGGCGGCUCGUUCUGCACGGAGAGCGCUUUCGGGCGGACGUACCACCGCUACGCGACCUCCCUCGCCGCCAGCGCCGGAGCCCUCGUCGUGUCGGUGGAGUACCGUCUAGCGCCGGAGUUCCCCAUACCCGCGGCAUAUGACGACGCGUGGGCCGCGCUCCAGUGGGCGGCGUCCUCGUCCGACCCAUGGCUGGCCAGCUACGCCGACUGGGGGCGCACGUUCCUGGCCGGCGACAGCGCCGGCGGCAACAUCGUUUACCACACGGCAGUCCGCGCCAGCCACGAGGUCAACGAUGACAUGAUGGACAUCGAGGGGCUGAUCAUGGUGCACCCUUACUUCUGGGGAGCCAAGCGGCUGCCCUCGGAGCUCGCGUGGGCGGACGAGAGCGAGGGCGCCAGUGCCACGGCGGUGUUCCCGCCGUACGGGGUGGACCGGCUGUGGCCGUUCGUCACGGCCGGCCAGGCCGGCAACGAUGACCCCCGGAUCGACCCUCCGGCCUCGGAGGUCUCAUCGCUGGCUUGCCGCCGCGUGCUCAUCGCCGUGGCCGGGAAGGACACUCUGCGGGACCGCGGCCUCGACCUGGCGGCCCGCAUCCGCGAUCACGACGCGCCGUGGCCUUGGAUGACGCCGGGGCGCCGCGAGGUGACGGUGGUGGAGUCGGAGGGCGAGGACCACGGCUUCCACCUCUACUGUCCGCUGAGGGCCACCAGCAAGAGGCUCAUGGGGAGCAUCGUGGAGUUCAUAAACCAGCAGCCCAGCUCGUCGCCUGCUAAUCCUAUGGUGUUCGGCGUGCCCACGACGCCGUUCAAGGACGUGUUUGGGUAUGGCACGACCAUGAAGUCCUGGGGCACACGGUCCAGUAUGGCACGUAACAGAGCACACGGUCCUGGCGCGCACGGUCCAGUAUGGCCAUCCAACAAAAUCUCAGUUCGACUGCCGAUGCCUGCUGGUAACGCUCAUCACAAACAACAUCCAUUAUCUGCUGCGGCUCCGUGGGGUUGUGUGAUGAACAAGUUUUUCUAGAUGACGGCCAGCCUGAUCAACAUCCGUUAACUGCUGCUGUAUGGCAUGGCCAAGAAGUCCUGGAGCACACGGUCCUGUAUGCCCUUCUCCUACGUAUACUACACUAAAUAAAACACAAAGACUCUGCUACGUAGUACUCCAUUAAUUACUCUAUGAGUCGUGUGAGUCCUUCAUGCCAAGAGCUGGAUUAUUAGUUAAGAGGGUCCUAUAUAUUGGUCCCAUCCAUUGGGAUUUGUGGGAGAUCAAAUUCACAAAUGUAUGCCAAUUACCGGCCAGGGAAUUAUAUGUGAACUUGUCUUGCUUUAUCUUAUCA